AUGCCACCCUCCACAGAACCCUUCCCCUUCCCGCGAGAGUACCACUUCCCGCCCUUCUUCACGCGGCAGACGAACCUGACGACUCACCACGCGCAGCUGACAAAGUGGUCCGCCCUUGUGCUGGCCUACUGCCGGCAUCACCGCAUCUUCAAGCUCCCCCUGACCACGGCCGCCGCCGCAUCAUCAUCCACCAGCAGCACCACAGACCCCCUCCAAUCCCAAUCCCAAUCCCAAUCCUCGUCAGCCACCGACGAACUCUUCCACAACAAGACCCUCAACCGUCGCCUCUCGCCCGCCGACGUGCGCGAGGUCAUCGACUUUAUGUGCAAGGAGGGCCGGGCCGAGUACUGCAGCCCCGGCACCGGCCAGGCGGGAGGAGACGUGGCGUGGAUCUAUUGGCGGUCGCCCGAGGAGUGGGCGCAGCUGAUCGAGGGGUGGGUGGACGAGACGGCGCAAAAGGGCUCCGUGCUGACGCUGUACGAGCUCGUCGAGGGCGACGGCACGCUGGGCACCGACAUCCACGGCAUCGACAGGGACAUGCUGCACAGGGCGCUGCAGCUGCUCGUCAAGCGCGGGAGGGCGCAGAUCUUUGGGCAGGAGGACUCGCAGGGUGUCAAAGCCCCUGGAGAUCCGAUCCACCGAACGCCAUCCAUCGCUCCCAAAUCACUACACUAA